AUAUUGAAUACACUUAAUAUUAUAAACAUAUUCCAUAUUGUAGCUCCAUUUAUUUAACGGUGAACAUUAGUGAAGGGGAAAGCUAAAAGCACCGCCAUUGUACUAAUUUUUUCUCCUAUAUAUUAAUUCACAAAGGUAUAGUAUAGUGCUAAGAAAAUUGAAAUUUGCAGAAAAAUGGACUCUCCUCGUAGUAGUAACCAACAAAAACCACAUGUUGUAUUAGUACCAUUUCCAGCACAAGGUCAUGUAAACCCUUUCAUGCAACUAGCAAAACUCCUUCGUUGUAAUGGUUUCCACAUAACCUUUGUCAACACUGAAUUCAACCACAAACGUUUGAUUAAAUCUCUUGGACCAGAUUUUGUUAAGGGUCUUCCAGAUUUUCAAUUUGAAACCAUACCUGAUGGUUUACCAGAAUCUGAUAAAGAUGCAACACAAGAUAUUCCAAUGUUGUGUGCUUCUACUAGAAAAAACUUUUAUGUGCCUUUUAAAGAGCUUGUUAUUAAGCUUAACACUUCACCUCAUACUCCAGUUACUUGUAUAAUUGGUGAUGGAAAUUAUGACUUUGCUGGAAGAGUUGCUAACGAAUUGGGUAUUCCAGAGAUGCAAUUUUGGACAGCUUCUAGUGUUGGCUUUGUGGGAUAUUUGCAAUUUGAACAACUUGUCAAAAGAGGGAUUCUUCCAUUCAAAGAUGAAAAUUUUAUUGCCGAUGGCACGUUGGAUACAAGUUUAGAUUGGAUUUCAGGAAUAAAAAAUAUCAGACUAAAAGACCUACCAAGUUUCAUGAGAGUCACUGAUCUAAAGGAUAUCAUGUUUGAUUUCUUUUGUUACGAGCCACCAAACUGUUUAAGAUCAUCAGCAAUCAUCAUUAACACAUUUGAAGACUUCGAAAAUGAAGCUCUCGACGCUCUUAGAGCCAAAAACCCAAACAUAUAUACCAUUGGCCCCCUUCACAUGCUUGGUAGACAUUUUCCUGAAAAAGAUAAUGGUUUUAAAGCUAGUGGUUCAAGUUUUUGGAAAAAUGACCAAGAAUGCAUAAAAUGGUUGGAUAAAUGGGAACCUUGCUCGGUACUAUAUGUUAAUUAUGGAAGUAUAACUUUUAUGAGUGAUCAUCACUUGAAAGAAUUUGCUUGGGGAAUAGCAAAUAGUAAGUUACCAUUUUUAUGGAUAAUGAGACCUGAUGUAGUAAUGGGUGAAGAAACUACAACAUUGCCACAAGAGUUUCUAGAUGAGGUCAAGGAUAGAGGAUACAUAACUAAUUGGUGCUUCCAAGACCAAGUUCUUGCUCAUCCAUCUGUUGCGGUGUUUCUAACUCAUUGUGGUUGGAAUUCGACACUUGAAGCUAUUUCUUUCGGUGUGCCUACUAUUUGUUGGCCUUUCUUUGCCGAGCAACAAACCAAUUGUAGGUAUCUAUGCAACACUUGGAAAAUAGGGAUGGAAAUUAACCAUGAUGUGAAAAGGGAAGAGAUAACAGAACUUGUAAUAGAAAUGAUGGAAGGAGAAAAGGGAAAAGAAAUGAGACAAAAGAGCUUAGAAUGGAAGAAGAAAGCUACAAAUGCUACUGAUUUGGAAGGAUCAUCGUACAAUAAUUUCUAUAAGUUAAUCAAAGAGAUUCUUCAUCUCAAUGCUAUUUGAGCUUAAAAUAUUGUCAUGUUGACUUUCCCAAAUUUGGUGUUAUUUUGCAUUAGUGUAGAGAGUGUGUGGUUUUUUCAUAAUGUCACAAUUGUAUUCACAGAGGCUACAAAAUAUUGUGGUUCAUGUAUUUACAAUAAUGAUUGUAAGUUGCAGCUAAUGUUGCUUCAUUUAUCUAUUAUCAUGUUUUUAAUUGUAUUGCUCA